CGAUUGAUGCAACCAUUUGCUGCCUGCGGUCGGAGCAGAUCCAGCAUUUAUUAAAUCCGGUGGCAAAUAUUGUCCUGGAUGUAUUCGUCAAUGCAGCGAGGCAGGCUGCUUUCGUCUGUUGCACGACCCUGCCGAUUUAUUGCGCACCGCCGAUAUCCCGCAGUUGUCGGCUCGACUCCGCGUCGAUUCCAUCUUUCUCGAGGGUGGCAAUCAUCAGUGCCCUCAGACCCCGAAGAUGCACGCGGCUCCUCUCCGGCAAGUCUUACCAGUGAUAUUCCGACUAUAAAUGCCGAACAAACAGUACCCGGACAUGAUGCCUCGUCAAUUACAUCGCCCUCCGCAGAGAGCGCCGGGAAAAAGGAGUCAAGGCCAUAUGGGUCGGCCGUGCGAAGAGCGUUGAGAAACAGAAAAACGCUCAAGGGAUGGGCUGCGCCGACUGCAACUGUUCCUUCGUGGUUUUAUGAGCGGAAUACCGUGUUCAAUGGAGGCGAAGGCCAUGCCGCCUCAGUUCUUCCGCAACAAGUCAAGAUAAGCAAACCGGAGCCGGAGAAGGUCAAGGAAACAACUGAUGGCAUGGCCCAUGGCGGUAGUGGCAGUGGAGAGCCGUCGGAAUCUAGUGGUGUGCCCGACACCGGGGAGCGGUACGCUUUGACCGAGGCGUUGUGGGAGGAGCUAUGCGCAUCUGCGAAGGCGGGCUUACGACUACCCCCUGCAAAAUAUGCGAAAGAACCUUCGGCACGAAAGUCCCAUCUCGUUCUUCAGUACCCUGGUGCGGAUGGCAUUUUGUUCCUAGAUGCGGUUGUAAAAAGGCUAGCGCAGGAACUUGGUGCUGACGUGGUGACGCUCAAUGCUCAAGAUAUUGCGCAACUAUGCAGUGAACAGGACCUGGAGGAUGUCGGCACGACCUCGCCUAUUAGAUCUCUAGGCUAUGAUGUAUACCGUCCAACGGCUUCGGAGUCCUGGCAUGACGAUAGCAUGGGUGAAGGAGAUGAUGAAGCUGAGAUUGAGAUCUCUCCGCGCAGUUUGCGAUCCGGUCUGAAGGGCCCCAAGUUUAUCACAAUCGAGAGUUCCCGAGAGGCAGGCGACAUUCCUCUUCCCGGUAUACUUGGCUUGAAAUCGUUAGUCUCUGCGUUCAAUGGACCUGUAGAUGGCUCGGCAGCAUCAUCAAACCCGACAGAUCGAGCAGAGGACCGGCGGCUCAAACUGAUCAAUGAGCUCAUUUCCUCCGCUGGUGGACCAAGACGGAAGUCAGCCGCCGAACUACCUUUGGACAAGCCUGCAGAAUCUAAAAGCUCUGAAAACAGAACACCUGUCCGUGAUGUGAUUGUACAGAUUCAGGACUAUGGAGAAAUACAGGCUACUCGUGAAGGAGCUAGAUUCAUUUACUUAUUGCAAAAAGCUAUUCAAGACCAUAGAAAGAAUGGGUCUCGUGUUCUAUUUGUUGGAACUGCAUCGCAAGACGCCGCUUCAGAAUCGGAUGUUUCAAGACUAAUGCAAAAUGCAUUUGAUGAUCAAUUCUCACAAAUGCUUGUCAUAACACCUGCCAUGGGAUUGGAAGCAGCAGAGAAAGUUUUCGCGGAUGAUCGGAAAAAACGAACCUUGGAUAUCAACAUCCGCCAUGUUCAAGAUAUGCUCCGGACACGGCUGGGGGACCCUUCAGCCUUCGAAGACGACAUAUUCGGCAGCCGUGCUUGGCCACUUGAUGCGUCCAUCGUUAAAGAGUCUGGGCUUGAAGAACGGUAUUGGCCCUACAGCCAGGUGCAUUGGGCCACAACACUUGCACUCGGAAGUCUUGGCCCCGACGAACUCUUUGGUUUCCAGCACAUCCAGAAGGGAAUCGAAAUGAUGCAAAGAACAGAUCGCAUUAAGAAUGACUGGAUGCAAGAGAAAUCACCCAAAAUGAAGAGCACAGAGACUGGUAAUGAUCGGGAGCGGCUGUUGAGUUCAUUACGCAAAACCUGCAAUUCCCAUGAGAAGAAGUUGCUGAGUGGGGUUGUGGACGCCAAAAGCAUACGUACUACGUUCUCUGAUGUCCAAGUCCCCCCAGAGACCAUUGAUGCCCUGAAGACACUCACCUCGCUUUCUCUCAUUCGCCCGGAAGCUUUUACCUAUGGUGUUCUUGCUACGGAUAAGAUUCCCGGCCUACUACUGUAUGGGCCUCCCGGCACCGGUAAGACUCUCCUUGCCAAAGCCGUAGCUCGCGAGAGCGGAGCUACUGUCCUCGAGGUUAGCGGUUCCGAGGUCUAUGACAUGUAUGUCGGUGAGGGUGAGAAGAAUGUCAAGGCCAUCUUCACAUUGGCCAAGAAGCUUAGCCCAUGUGUUGUAUUCAUUGAUGAAGCUGAUGCUAUCUUCUGCUCGCGAACCGGAGCCAGCAGUCGCACAUCCCAUCGGGAGCUCAUUAACCAAUUUUUGCGGGAAUGGGACGGGAUGAAUGACUUGUCAGCUUUCAUUAUGGUUGCCACCAACCGACCAUUUGAUCUCGAUGAUGCCGUUCUCCGGCGUCUCCCGAGACGACUGCUCGUGGAUCUCCCCCUUGAAGAAGAUCGGCUGGCCAUCCUGAAGAUCCACCUGAAGGAAGAGAAUCUCGAUAGUUCUGUUGACCUUGCCGAGCUUGCUCGCCGCACUCAACUCUACUCUGGAUCCGAUUUGAAGAACCUUUCUGUCGCCGCGGCUCUAGCCUGCGUCCGGGAGGAGAAUGACCUGGCGGCUCAGCACCAGGGCGACGAGCCCUACCAAUACCCAGAAAGACGCACGCUGACCCGGAAGCAUUUCGAGCGUGGAAUGGAGGAGAUCAGCGCCUCCAUCAGCGAGGACAUGUCGUCACUCUCGGCGAUCCGCAAGUUCGACGAGCAGUACGGCGACCGCAAGAGUCGGCGUAAGAAGAGCCCUGGAUGGGGAUUCACGCCUGUUAGCACCGAGGAGGCUAGUUCCGAUGCUGCACGCGUACGGACAUGACAUGACUACAAUAUGGGAACAUUUUAGAGGGAUUGGUGUUCAUUCUUGCGACAAUGGGAUUUGGGAUCUCACGCGACGACUUGUAUACUAUUAGCGAUAUGAUA